AUGAAGAGCGAGAGAUUCGAUAAGCUCGGAGAUGCCAUCCUUCUGUUUGUUCAUGUUUUGAGCAACGUUUAUGAUAAUGAGCCCGUGUUUCGCGCUUUUACCCGCAGAGUUAUGCUCGAACAUUUUGAGAGGAACGUUGAUCCUGCCCUGUGGAACAUUUUCUUUUCCACGUUCUGGCAAGGAUAUCUGCAGAGCAAAGGAGCCACAUUAACUGCUGAUCAGAAGGAGGCCUGGAACACUUUGGGCUCAAUAUUCAGCCAGGAAUGUCAGGCGUACCUGAAUAAAAUGGGUCGCCCACAUGCUUAG